UCUGUCUUGUUGGGUACUUGGUCCGUUUAUCUUGAUGGGCUGAGAAUUUUAUAGGCCCACGAUCCAGUCCAAGACAUGAAAUGAGGGGCCCAACCAGUAACCAUUCAGCCAAUUAAGGCCCAGGAUUGCCGCACAGUCCUACACGUUUAGGUGAACGACUGCACCGAAAGCAUUGAAUUAUGGUUCAACCUCCAUAACUACCUCUUCUAUAUCUAAAACCCCCAAACACAAGCAGAUACCAAAUUCUCACAAUUCAAACAUGGCAACACUCGUAACAGCACAACAACAAGAGGAGCGAUCCGGAGCGGAGAUCGUGAACGGAGCGGAAGAGUGUUACCGUCACUCAAUCGACCUCCUCGAAGAGCUAGGGUUUCCGAAGGGGGUACUUCCAUUGAAGGAUCUAGAAGAGUGUGGGAGAGUUAGAGAGACUGGGUUUGUCUGGAUGAGGCAGAAGGCACCGUACGAGCACUACUUCGUUGGGACUGGGACGCGUGUGAGUUACGCGACGGAGGUUACAGCGUAUGUGGAGAAAGGGAAGAUGAAGAGGAUGAGUGGGAUCAAGAGCAAGCAAAUGUUCAUGUGGGUCCCAAUAACUGAAAUGAGCAUAGACUCUGCUGGGAAGAAAAUUUACUUCAAGACUCCCAUGGGGAUCGGAAAAUCUUUCCCGGCGACAGCGUUUAUGACGGACAAGGAGAAGGAGGAGCGUGUAGAGAGUGGAAAAGUUGAGGAAUGAUCCCUUUUCCGGGAAUGAAAAGAAUUUGUUACGUGUUUCAAAUCGACGAAUAAAUAACUAUAAGAAAAAAAAAAUCGACGAAUAAAUGUUUGUAUUUUCUCUAUAUGUAUGCAUUAAUUCAGUAAAAGAAAAAAAAAUUGUUUUUAUAUGUUAAAAA